UCAUCUUCACUCCGCCGCCGUCCAUGAAACUAUAAAGGUGGAGCCUUUGACAUCUUCCAUUCGCCGGCAUAUGGUUUCUCCGGCAAGCCGACGGUGAUGGAACAGAGAGACCCUUCGUCGACCUGAUAAUAUUCUUCUCAUAUGUGUCUAUACAGUCUGCACUUCAAUGCAUUCACAUUGAAUCAUAUAUUUGAAUUGAACCCAAGCAACAAAGAUUGAGUCUUUAGCUGCCAAUGUAGUACAUAUUAAAGAGUGAUACUUAUCAGUGCAAUCUAGCUAUGCAUCCAUCGAAAACUCCCAUCCUGAUGGAGGUGAAAAGCAGUGAAGAAGCUGCUAGUAGAGCUUUAGAGAUAGCAUCCGGAAAUCAUAUGACUACUAUAAUCUUGUCUCAUUCAAUUGAACGGUUUUACCCCAUAAGCAACCACAUUGAAACUGUGCUGCCAACGCCUGUGAGUUUUGUGACUGUAAAUGGCACUUACGAGUCUGGCAAUGGUGAAGUCGAUGUGACCCUUCGAAGUCGGGGGUAUGUUGACAGGACUUGGUCUGUUUCUCUCAAGUAUGAAACGAGUAGAACAAGAACCAUGUUUAGUUCGGGAGAUUGGAGUUGUAAACGAAGGAGAAGUCUAGGAACGUCUGCUGAGUUCCAUGAUGGUUGGUUGGAUUUUAAAAAGGACAAUGAGUUGAUCUCCGGCGAUUGUAUCAUUUUGGAGAUGAUCAAAGAACCUGCUGCCAACGAUGAAAAACUUGUGUUUGAAUUAGUUCAUGUUUUUCGCCCUCCAACAACGACUCUGCCUUCUGAGAAAUGGAAGAGACCAAGAGACCAUGAGAAUGAGGAGACAGUGAAUGUGAAACAUAAGAAUUCAGAUCAGCACAAUGAAGCUGAUUUGUUUUCGGCCGAGGUAUACGAUUCCUUAGUGGAGAUAUGCAAAGAAAAGGAGGAAGUGGUGAGCGAGUUAGAGUGUCAAUUGGCAGAAUGUGAAGGCAAGCAAUUAGGUGAUGAGAAUAUUUUAGGACUAAGAACAAUGCACGCAGAGGCAGUGGAAGACUUGAAUAAAUUCAGGAUCCAUACUUCAGCCGUAUUGAACUUUUGCAAAGACAAAAGACAGAGGUUACAAAAAUUGUUUGCCGAUGAGAAGAAGAUUCAAAUGGAGAAAUCUAAGAUUAUGGCUAGGUUUGAGGACCAUCUUCGAUCCAUUUAAACACAUUCCUAGAAGAGCAAGGUAAGCUUCAAAUCUUGUUGCUUGUUGAUUGUGUUUCUUGUUAAGAGAUGUCUCAAAUUUAAUAGACAGUAGAAGUACCUCUAUGAAGAUGAAUGAGUUGCUUUCGGUUCUAAAAUUCGAAAGGAUUCAGAGAACAUCAUCACUCUUUGCUACUGUUUCAGAGAUUUUUGCUGUAACAAAAUCUAGGAACAGAAGCUCUGUCCUGUCUCAUCGAUAGAGAUUAGUUAAAUGCACUAGUAGUUAUGCAAAAAUAGCGUUCAGUUUCGUGGUGUGGUCUAUCAGUAGUCAGUAGUAUUGUUUUAGAUACGCACUGUUUUAGAAUUUAUAUUUGAUA